CUGAUCGUCGACGAAGGGGGAGAAUAUUGUCGAUGCACACGUCUCCAGUUAACUAGCCACCCAAGACUGAGCUAACUAGGUAGCAAACAAACUUGUUUUGAACAUCAGACGUAAUGGGGGAACAACCGUUAAGGAUCCUCGCAUGUGGUGACGUAGAAGGAAGAAUAAACGCCGUGUUUAAUCGCGUGCGCACUAUCCAAAAGAAGAGCGGGCAGUUUGAUUUGCUGCUUUGUGUUGGAGAUUUCUUUGGCUCGUCUCCAGAGGCUCAAGUUGAAUGGCAAGAGUACAAGUCUGGCGCAAAGAAAGCUCCCAUCCACACCUACAUCCUGGGGGCUGCCAGCCAAGAGACUCUCCGUUUUUUCCCCAGUGCUGAUGGCUGUGAGCUGGCUGACAACAUCACCUACCUGGGUCGUCGUGGUGUGUUUACAGGGGCAUCAGGCUUGCAGAUCGCAUAUGUCAGUGGCCGUGAGGGACACCAGGACCCCGCGCCAGCACACUGUUUCUCCCCUAAAGACCUGACACAGCUGGUGGAGCCGCUGCAUAGCAACAACAAGUUCAGAGGAGUCGACAUCCUGCUGACAUCAGAGUGGCCCCGCGGAGUCUGGCAGUACGCCAACAGCCCUGAAGUCAACACUAAGUUCUGUGGUACAAACUCCAUCGCCCACCUGGCUAACAAGCUGAAACCGCGUUACCACUUUGCUGCUAUAGAGGGUGUGUACUAUGAGAGGCUGCCCUACAGGAACCAUGUGGUUCUUCAGGAGAACACACAGCAUGUCAGUAGAUUCAUCGCCCUGGCAACCGUCAACAACUCAGAGAAAAGAAAGUACCUGUAUGCCUUUAACAUCGUCCCGAUGAAGAGUAUGGAAAUAUCAGAGUUGAUCAAACAGCCUCAGGAUGUCACUGAAAACCCAUACCGGAGGAUGGCCCGGGAAAAGCCUGGGCCUGGCCCACCUGACCCGGAGACGGCAUCGCAGUUCUUCUUUGACCUCGGCAGUAAGCAGCAUGGAGGGGGGUGUGGCCAAGGAGGGCGUGGCAGGAAGAGGCCCUCAGAUGGAGAAUUUGACAGGCAGCGUCAAGGACAACCUUGGGAUUCAGAAAAGCCCAAACAACCCCGCAGGCCCGCUCAGCCCAGCGGUCCGUGUUGGUUCUGUCUGGCCAGUCCUCAGGUUGAGAAACACCUGGUCAUCAGCAUUGGCACACAUUGCUACAUGGCCUUAGCCAAGGGCAGUCUGACCCCCCAGCAUGUCCUGGUUCUACCUAUUGGUCACUACCAGUCUGUGGUUGAGCUCAGUUCUGAUGUGGUUGAAGAACUGGACAGAUACAAGAAGGCUGUCAGAACCUUCUAUAAGAGUAAAGGACAGCGCUGUGUUCUGUUUGAGAGGAAUUACCGCAGCCAACAUCUACAGCUACAGGUGGUCCCGGUACCAGAGAACAAGUGUACAUCUGAAGACAUUAAAGAAGCCUUCAUGGUUCAUGCCCAGGAACAGAACAUGGAGCUGAUGGAGAUCCCACAACACACCGACCUGAAACAGAUUGCUCCUCCAGGCACACCGUACUUCUAUGUAGAGCUGGACUCUGGAGAAAAACUCUUCUACCGUAUUCAGAAAAACUUCCCUCUGCAGUUUGGCAGGGAGGUGUUGGCCAGUGAGGCGUUGCUGAACAUUCCUGAGAGGGCCGACUGGAGGGAGUGUAAACAGAGCCGCGAGGAGGAGGACAGUCUGAGUAAACAACUAAGAGACGACUUCCAACCAUACGACUUUGCCUUGGAAGACUAAACACACCCACUAAACACACAACCACCCAGGUGAUGCUGCCAGCUAUGGGGGCUAUGAGACUCCUGUUUUAACUUCAAAACAGUAAUCUGACAUUCAAUACAGAUUAUAAAAUGUUAAGGCGUUUCGAUGUUGUUUUCUUUUUUUACCAAGUCCCUGAUUAAAAUCCUUUUAUUGUGUUUGUA